UAUCAGCGAUCGAUUUUACGGCGUGCGGCGAUGCCUUUCAAGAAAUUCAGGCCGAAGUUCUCCGUUUACCAAGUUUGCGUAACUAUACUCGAGGCUAGGCACCUGCCGCAAAAUGCGAAUGCAUUGGUCAUCGUCAAAGUCGGAAAUCGCAAGAGAAGGACAAUAGUGCGCGAAAGUACUGAUAAUCCUGUCUACAACGAGUAUUUCGUGUUCGACUUCACGUGCAGUCUGGAGACUCUCCUAAGCACGGAAAUCACGAUAGCGGUGUAUCUACGGAACUUCCUUCGGCGACGAAAGUUCUAUGGAAACAUUUCCUUUGAAGUUGCAACAGUAUGGGAGCAGCCAGAUCAUCAAUACUAUCACAAAUGGGUGGUGCUGACGGAUCCAAGAGAUUUAACGACGGACCCGAAAGGCUACAUAAAGUGCAACAUCACGGUGAGCGCGAAGGGUGAGAGAGUCAAGGUGCACCCAGAGACAGAGGGCGAAGAUGAUAUCGAAGGAAAUCUACUGUUACCCGUCGGAGGCGAGAGAAUGCUCUUCCGGCAACGCGCCCGAUACAUCUUCGUCGUUUAUCGCGCCGACGGAUUGCCGGACAUGAGCAGCCUGUGCAGGAAAAGUGACUUCGAGAACGUUAAUCCCUACGUGCAAAUAUCGUUCGCCGGAAUGAAAGGAUCGACAAGUGAAGCAUGGCAGACCUACUCCCCGAAAUUCCACGAGGGUGUCGUUUUCAAGGAAAUGUUCCCUGUUCUUUGCCGUCGUGUGAGAAUCUCUAUAAAACACCGUAUCGACAGUUGCCGAACCUGCGUCCUAGCAGUUCAUAUCCUGGAUAUGACGAAGAUUUCGAAUUCCGGAGAGCACGGAUUUUUGCCGACUUACGGCCCGUCUUUCAUCCACUUUUACGGAUCUGGCUCGGUGGAAAAGAACGGCUGCUCGGGCAAAUGCUUGACGGCAAUGCCUUUGUAUCGUGGGAGGGUGCUUCUGUCGCUGAAAACUGAAAUGGAUGACCCAGAACCAUCUCCCGGAAUCGGAGUCGAGACUGUUCCGGCAUUCCCUAUUAUCGAAGAGGCGAGAUUGGAGAAACUGGAAGCUCUCAUGACUGUGGAGAACCCGAGAGCCUUCGAGGCUUACAACGAGACGAUUCGCGCGCUGAAAGCUCACUGCACGCGUUAUCUGCAUAUGUUGGAUACUGACAAACACGAGGACAAGGGCGGGACCACUAGACUUGAUCAUCAUCGUGUGAAUCUGUGUCACAACAACGUCGAAGAUAUCCUCGACAAGAUCAAGAUUACUGGCGAACUGCCUAACAACAACUACAUGAGAAUCGCGAUGAUCCACGCGUAUCAGUACCUGAGAAAAUUGAGGGAUUUGUGCGAAGAUCCCCAGCAUAGCCUACCAGAUGUCUUCGUCUGGUUGAUCGCCGGCUCGAAGCGAGUCGCCUGCUCGCGAUUGUCCGCGGAGCAGAUCGUCUACUCCGAGGAGAUCACCGAGAUGGGCGAAAAGUGCGGUCGGCGUAUCAACCUCUUCCCUAGUAAUCCUGACGAUGAGGACGUAGGUGCCGAGUACUUCGCUUGCAAGGUAGACGCUUUUUUGUGGCUCGGUAACGCAAAGUACACUGCGGCGUGUUGGAGUGCGAUACCACCAGGAUACGAGAUCGAUCACAGCAGAAACGUCGACACCUUCCCGAAGUACAUCGAGUACAAUCAGUCCACGGUAUUUCGACUGCGAGCACACAUAUUCCAAGGUCGCUUUGAUCCUGGGAUGGACGCUUCCGGUUUGCUGAACUCGUUUGUACGUGUUGCGUUUCACGGAUACACGCUUUCCACGCAAGUGAUAAGGCAGAACUUAGAUCCAUUUUGGGACCAGACGUUGAUAUUUCCUCCUGUUAUCUUGCACGGUACUAAAGAAUAUAUUAAAUCUCUACCACCCGAAGUCGUUCUACAGGUUUUCGAUCAGGAUUUAUGCAGCACGAGGGAGUUCUGCGGCAGGUCUAUUGCGGUGCCAUUAGUGAAACUCGCAGCAGAGACUUACUCGCCGCCCGAUUUCCCACCGAAAUUAAACUGGUACAAAUUUCAGUCGCAGAAGGACCAUACUGGUUCGGUCCUCGCCGCAUUCGAGCUGAUAGAAACGGAGGAGGAGAUUUUGGACAUUCCAAUGGGCGCGUUAGUCGACGACAAGAUUUACAGCAUCCCGCCGGAUAUCAGGCCGAAAAUGGCCAACUACAGACUGGAGGUGAUCUUUUGGGGUGUUCGCGACAUGAGGAAGAUAAAGUAUACGCCCGUACGCAGGCCGAGAAUUAUAGUGGAGUGCACUGGUGUCCACGUCAAGUCGGAAGUGAUGAAGAACGCCCGGAAAUUCAGCAAUUUUCAAGAACCGCACGUCAUGGUGGAGCUGGAACUGCCGGAACUUGACAUUUACUAUCCGAGCAUCAACAUAAAAGCUUACGAUUCUCGUGGAUUCGGUUGCUUCAAGUACGCGGGGAUCUGCGUUAUUCCCAACAUUCACGUAUUCCUGGAGCAAUUAAUAACCGAAGAGGAUUAUAACAUUCAGAUAUACGAGUCGAAAUUCAUGCAGAAAUUUCAGCUAGCGAAACGACAGACGACAGUAGUGUUACCUUUGCCGAUCGAUUAUACUCCUUCGAAGGAAGAAAGCAAAAGCCUCAUGGCGUACAAAAGGAUGGCUGCAACCGACAUCUACUCGAAACUAAAGAGAUGGCUUGUAAUUAUAAAAAAGAUGUUAAAAUUUAAGUUUUUUAUCAAGAAAAAGAUAAUGGAAAUUUAUCAGGACGACGAUGACGAGACUCUUGAUUGGUGGAACAAAUAUUUCGCUUCUCUUCAGGAGGAGAGAAAUCGAGAACUAGGAAUUACGACAGCGUUCCAUCGUAAGCCCGUGGUAACGUUCAAGGUACAGUUUAAUGUAUGCCUGAACUUCAGACGCUCAGACACUGAAAUCAGAUCUAUUCUACGGAACUGGAGAUGCAGCCACAAUUCAAGGGAUUUCAAGAUCAACUCAGUACUUUCGAAUUGUGGCGCGGGAAAAAGAGCGAGAAUGCCGACCUCGAUGGAGAUAAUUACGCAGGCAAAUUUAAGAAUGUUCGAGAUCGAGGCAAGCUUUCCGCAGGACUACAUGUUGGUGAUUCAAGUGUGGGACUAUGACAUCGCGACGGCGGACGAUUUGAUCGGUGAGACGCGGAUCGAUAUCGAGAAUCGCUUUUACAGCCGGCAUCGUGCACACUGCGGCAUCGCGAAGGUUUAUAAUACCGGCGGUUACAACGCUUGGAGGGAUCGCGAAAGACCGACGCAGAUAUUGGAAUCGCUGUGCAGAAAGAACAAUCUGCCGUCACCGGAAUACCAUGAACGCGAAGUCAAUAUCGGCAGGCGGUCGUUUCCCUUUGACGCAGUGAUCGAACGCGAUGUUGAAAUCGACAGAGAAGAAUGCAUGGCCUUGAAUGUGCUUCAUCAGUGGCAAGAUUUUCCCAUUUGCGGAUGUGCCCUAGUGCCAGAGCACGUCGAGCGACGACCACUUUUUAACGCUAAAAGACCUGGCCUCGAGCAAGGAAAACUGGAAAUGUGGAUCGAUAUGUUUCAAACCGGACAAUUACCACCGAAACCAACGGUCAACAUUGCUCCUCCGAUACCGGAAGAAUAUGAAAUUCGCGUGAUUAUUUGGAAUACCGAAAAUAUACCGCUGGUCGAGAGCCAAUUUCUUACUGGAGAAAAGUGCUCCGAUAUCUACGUCAAAGGAUGGAUCUUAUACGAGCACUAUCAGAAAACCGAUAUUCACUAUAACUCUCUGAACGGGGAGGGUAAUUUCAAUUGGAGAUUUGUGUUUCGCGUUACGUACUCGAAAGGCGAGAAUGUUAUGAUAGUCCGCAGGAGAAUGCCAAUAUUCGCAAAACACGAAGCCGAAGAGAAGUUGCCCUGCAAGCUUCGGCUACAAGUCUGGGACAGCGAUCAUUUCUCAUCGGACGAUUUUUUAGGUGAGCUGACACUGGAUUUGUCGAGAAUGCCGCGGGGCAGUUCGAACUCCAAAACCUGUACGCUGAAAUUACUUGAACCGCAGCUACCCACGGUGAAUCUAUUUAAAGUUACGCGAACUAGAGCUUGGUGGCCCUUUGCGCGCAGGAUUGCCACCAGAAAAUAUAUUCAAGCGGGCAGUGUUGAAUUGGAAAUAUCUAUUUUAAAAGCGGAAGACGCAGACAAUCAACCGGCAGGCAAGGGAAGAGAUCCACCCCAAAAUCUUUCCCCUCCAAGACGUCCUGAUACCUCCUUUUCUUGGUUUCGCAAUCCAUGGAGAGCAUGCUGGUUCGUCGUUUGCCGGUAUUAUAAAUGGCGAAUAGUGUGCUGUCUCGUGAGUACGCUUCUCUUGCUUUUAGUAGUAUGCGGGGUUUACGCUUUCCCCGGAUAUUUCGUCAAGCGUCUUUUAGGCGCUUAGUUCUCAGACGAGUGUGUAGUUGACGAAUGUAUAUGUAGGAUACAUCUGUCUAGUUCUUGUUUUAUAAACUUACCAGAUGCGAAAACUAUUGUGAUAAGCAUAAACUCGUAAGAUAAACAUAGGUAAAAAUAAUUAAAAGUGAUAAUAUAAGUUAAUAAUGUCAUACAUCCCUUUUAGCCGUUAAUGGUUUUGUCAAACAUUAAUAAAUAAUUCUUAUAAUUGAUCGUUAUAAUUGAUUAAAUUAUUAACGUAGUAAAUUAUUAACGUAAUUAUAUCACAUAAAAUACGCAGAAAUAUGCGUAAAGCCACGAUGCGAGAAAUCGAUCCGAGAAAUGUGUGGCCAAUCAACUUGCACUUUUACGGGAAAGCUGCAAGUUGAUUGGCUACAUAUUUCUCGGAUCGAGAUCUCGAACCGAUUUCUAGCAUCGUGGACACAAAGGAUUAGAGGAAUUUUCCACAAACAUUAUCUAAUAACGUCAAUAAUAUCAAAACGACACUAAUAUCACACGUGACCAAAUAUAGGGAAAUGAUGGCUCUGUUUAUUUAAUGGCAAUGUCGCGUGUAUACGCGUAUACAAGAAGAUAGGUCGUAGAAAUAAGAAAUAGUUCUCUCUCUUCAGUCGCGCGCGAAGUGCCGAGCCGUGCCUCGCGUUACGAAUCUUAUUACGAGCUUCGAUCAGUAAUUAGCGAUUAGCAAUUAGUCAUUCCUGGACGCAUACGCUUUGGGUUUGUGGUCCACCUAUCUCGCGGCGCUGCGCGAUGCGACAGCUCGCAUGCCAGCAGCGUGAAGUUGCCGUCGCGUGGUUCGCAUAUUGCGUCACAGUGCUGCUCUAAAUCGCGCGCCUCAGGAAAGUCGGGGAGUGCUGUCGCGCGAUCGUCGUAGUUUGCAUUAUUUACUCGUCUGAAGUGCGUCGCGCGUGCAAUAAACGUCGAGAUUGCCGAGGGGGAAUAAUGGACGAACGCCGUGUCGCAUUAAUCAGCGCGCGCGAGCCUGAUUAGCCGUGUUUUCUCGAUUCGGACGGGUCGGCUUUGAUUCGCGAUCGGCGCAUUGCGCUCCGAGAGGUUACCCGGCGAUCCAGCGUGAAGUUGACGCCGCGUGGGUCGAAUAUUCCAAACGUCACGCGGUACUUUACAUUUCGCGCCUAAAGGAGUGCCGCCACGUAAUCGCUUUGUGUUAUUUACUCGGUCAGGAUGCACCGCGCGCGCAAUAAAUAACGAGAAUCGUCAUGACGAGUGACGAGUGGCAGUAUGUGUUAAUUGGUGCGCGCGAUUCUAAUUAGGAGCACUUUACCGAUCGAUCUUCAUUUAAGUGAAGUGAAGUGCUUGAAUCAAUGGCGGGGCUAGGGAGGAGACAGAAAGCAACGGCAACGCAUCGACCGGUGAGUAAAUUUGUUGUAAUAUGUGUAAUUAAUCGUUUGUUUAUUUAAUUCGCACGGACUCGGUGACGUUGCAAUUGCGCAAUUUUCUUCGUGAAUUAUAUUAUAUUUGAUAUAUUCCUUUUUAAUUAAGCGCGCUGAAUUUGAUUAAUUUAUUUCGAUGCUCAUUAGCGCAAUUGAAGGAUGAUGUUCCGGAUUCACCAAAUUUCGAAUGGUGAAAUUUGUUUUAUUCGCGCUUCCUUUUUUUCCAUCGAUUUAAAUAUGAAAUGUCGUGUGUGUGUUUUGUCACAUAUUCUCACAAAUUUUCUUGAUAUCUUUAUAUUGGGUCGUCCGGAAAGUUCGUGCCGAUUUUGAAAG